CUACCAUCUUUACCACAAUUCCUUGCAUCUAGCUCGUAUAUCGUCGCUGCUCGUGAAACAAUAACCAUGCUUAGGAUUUUCGUGUUGAGUUUAUUUGCUGUGUCAUGCGUAUCAGCUGGCAAACGCACAAUCUCUCACGUAGUUCCCCAGCAGCAAGUGCAGUCGACGCACCAGCACGUCGUCAUCGCUGACCAUGGCAGUUACGAAGCAGCUGGUGGGUACGACCACCAUGGUGCCGUAGCUUACGAUGAUGGAAAGGGCGGUUCCACCGGGGCAGAGCUGACAAGCCUGGCGCAUAGCAGUGCUGUGCAGGCUAAGAAUGCAGUGCAGAAUCAGCAUACGCAGGGUAGUCAGGCUGCCUAUGGGGUUAAGAGUAGUUUGGCUAGCGCCGCUUUAGGGGCUGCUCAAACCGCUCAAGCCGCCUUGGUAGGCAAACAAGCCAUCGUCCAAAACCUGAAACGUCAAGCCAUCGAAGCCCAGAGCCGUCUCCAAGGCGAGAUCUCCCAGUACCACCAAAUGGAGCAGGCUGCGGUUGCAGCUCAGGAAGCAGCGCAGCAAGCUCAAGGAUUGGUCGGUUCUCUUACGGCAGCUCUAGCUACUGCUCAAGCUGGUGCUGAUAAGUCGCAUCAUGCUGCAGCUGAAAGCGCUAAUGCAGCCGCAGCUCAGCAUGAAAUGGUCAACGAUGCCAAGCAGAAGGUCGCAGGAAUCAUCGGUCAACUCCAAUCAGCCCUCGGCGACCUCCAAGAAACCGAAGCCGCAGCUUACAAGGCAGCCGAGUCAGCUCAGAUAGCGCAAUCCAACGCGGCAGCUGCGGGACUUGCUGUGGCUGUAGCUGGGGCGAAAGGAGCAGCGCACGCAGCUGCUGCUAGUGGGGGUGAUUAUUACCAGCAUGGUCAUGGUCAUGGUCACCACUAGGUGGCUAUCGCGAUCGGGCUCAUAGGAAGAAAUUUGUAAUAUAUUUUUUUAUAAAUAAAUGUGAUAUCUGAAA